AUGAGCAGCAAUUCAAUCAGACAGCACACAAACAGUGAAUUCAAACGAGGAAAUAAAAGCAUCAUCACAGAGAUACAGACUGAAUACAACAGAAUAAUGGCCACCAACACAUCUCCAGAAACACGCUUUGCCCAGUUCAAACUAGUUCUUUUGGGAGAAUCGGCAGUGGGUAAAUCCUCUGUGGUUCAUAGAUUUGUUAAAGAUUCAUUUGAUGAUUUUAGAGAAUCAACUAUUGGUGCUGCCUUUUUAACACAAACAAUCCAAUUAGAUGAUACUACCACCAUAAAAUUUGAAAUUUGGGAUACUGCUGGUCAAGAACGUUAUAAAUCAUUAGCUCCAAUGUAUUAUAGAAAUGCAAAUGCUGCUAUUGUUGUAUAUGAUAUUACUCAAGAAUCUUCAUUAGAAAGAGCAAAAGCUUGGACUAAAGAAUUACAAAGACAAGCAAACCAAGAUAUUGUUAUUGCAUUAGCUGGUAACAAGGUAGAUUUAGAAUCUCAAAGACAAGUUCCAAAAGAAAUUGCUGAAACUUUUGCAUCAGAAGAAGGUUUAUUAUUUUUUGAAGUUAGUGCAAAAUCUGGUGAAGGUAUUAAAGAAAUUUUCACUAAAAUUGCUGAAAAAUUACCAUUAGAAUCUCAAUUAAAACCAAAUAGAUUACAAAAUAAAGGUGUUGAUUUACAAAGACCAAGUACAAAUAAUCAAAAAAAUUCAUGUUGUUCUUAA